AUGGGAAAUGCUUGUGUCGGACGCGGCAUUACUAAGAGUGGUUUCUUCCCUUCGGUUUCGCCUGCAAUGCAGAGGACCCAGAUGCCUGAUGACACGGUUUCUCCUCAUACUAAGGGAGAAAAAGUCAAUGAGUUGACCCUUAAUCAACCAAAAUCAACUUUGCCGGUAAAAAAUAAACCCCCGGAACAAGUGACGACGAUACCAAAACCAGACACUAAAACGGAACCAAUACAACCCACAAGAGUCGAGAAGAACCCUCAUAAGGAGAGGGUGGCGAGCGCAGGGCUUUGUGCUGAGGUGUUAAAAACGAAAACCGGUCGUUUCUGGGAAUUUUUCAGUUUGGAGAAGAAACUAGGACAAGGGAAUUUCGGGACAACGUUUCUAUGUGUGGAGAAGGCAACUGGGGAAGAAUAUGCAUGUAAAACUAUUGCAAAGUGGAAGUUGAAAACAGACAAAGCUGUUGAGGAUGUGAGAAGGGAAAUUCAGAUAAUGCACCAUCUGAAGGGGCAUCCAAAUGUUAUAUCUAUUAAAGGAGCUUAUGAAGAUAAAAUGGCGGUUCAUAUUGUGAUGGAACUAUGUGCAGGAGGUGAGCUUUUCGAUAGGAUUAUUAAAUGUGGGCACUAUACAGAAAGAAAGGCAGCUGCACUUACUAGAACUAUAGUUGGGGUUGUAGAAGCUUGUCAUUCACUGGGAGUGAUGCAUCGUGACCUUAAGCCUGAGAAUUUUCUCUUUGUCAACAAUCAGGAGGAUUCACUUCUCAAAACCAUCGACUUUGGCCUAUCAAUAUUCUUCAAACCAGGUGAAGAAUUUUCUGAUGUGGUUGGCAGCCCAAAUUAUAUAGCACCAGAAGUUCUGCAACAACGUUAUGGUCCAGAAGCUGAUGUUUGGAGUGCUGGAGUGAUUCUUUACAUUCUAUUAUGUGGUGUGCCUCCCUUUCGGGCUGUAUCUAAGCAAGGGAUAUUCCAACAGGUCCUGUAUGGUGAUCUUAACUUCUCAUCUGACCCGUGGCCUAGUAUCUCCGAUAGUGCAAAGGAUUUAGUGAAGAGUAUGCUUGUUCAAGAUCCUAGAAGGCGUCUAACUGCAAAAGAAGUUUUGCGUCAUCCCUGGUUUCAAGUUGAUGGAGUUGCUCUUGACAAGCCUCUUGAUUGUGCAGUUUUGAGUCGGUUGGAGCAAUUUUCUCCCCCGAACAAGCUGUGGAAAAUGGCUCUUAGAGUAAGUAUCUGUGAAAGCUGA